AUGGCGAGCAAUGAGCGACCACCCCUGAGCCGGGUGGACUCGGACCUUCCAGUGAGGAACACCUCGAACUUUGGCGUGCCCGUCACUCCAAGUAUCAGCAACGAAGACAAGCGGCACUCAUUCUCGGCGGACAACCCACCAACACAUGUCCUCGAAUCGAUCGGUGCGCAAGGAGCUCCCGAAUACUCCAACGGCAAUGGAGCAUCCGAGUCUGCAAACGGAGAGGCGCUGCUACGAAGGUUGAGUCUCCAUCCCAAGCCGAACCUCGACACAGCACCAUGGGACCCUCGCGCCGCGCAUCCGGAGCUCAACCUGAGCGGGAAUGUCAUAAGCGCUACUUUCUGUGUCCCUUACAAGAUCGGCUACACGACUACUGGCGAAUGGGAACUCAGCGACCGUAGAGGGACUUCUGCGCUCUUUGAUUCCUUUGCAUAUCUCUCUGACGAGAAGUCGCCCUGGAAGCAUACCCUCGUCGGAUGGACUGGCGAGAUUGAUCGAGUUGUCCGCCGAAAAGACCGUUCUGCAAACGCCAACGGCGUCACUUCGAUGGACUCCAUCCCGCUGAACAAGGCUUCUGCGCCGAUCCCUGUGCACCGCGGGGAGAAGCCUGCUCAACCGACCGAGCUCGCAGAACUUCACAUCCCAUACGCGGAUCGUCUAAAACUGGAGAGAGAACUUCAACACGACCAUGGCGGACGUGUGUCGCCUGUCUGGCUUCACGACGAAAUUGACGAAAACGAGGUUGCUACUUUCCGGGACCAAUCGAGAUGGCGGCGCUAUGGAGAGCACGAGCUGUUCACACUCUUCCACUACAAGCAAAACGAGCCUAGUGAUGGCCGCGCGCUACGCAAGCAAUGGGCGGACUACUACUGCAUGAACAAAGCCUUUGCCGAUGCCAUAAUCAACGUCUACACUCCUGGAGAUGUGGUUCUCAUCCAUGAUUAUCAACUUCUCCUCCUUCCUAGCCUCUUGCGCCAGCGGAUACCCAGCAUAUAUGUCGGAUUUUUCCUCCAUGUGCCGUUUCCGAGUAGCGAAUACUACCGUUGCCUCACGCGGCGCAAGGAGGUCCUCGAGGGUGUACUUGGCGCGAACAUGAUCGGAUUCCAGGCAUACAGCUACGCCCGACACUUUUCAUCCUGCUCAACUCGCAUCCUUGGAUUCGACUCUUCCUCCGCUGGUGUAGACGCGUACGGCGCCCACGUCCCGGUCGAUGUCUUCCCCAUCGGCAUCAACGCAGAGUCGACGAUCAAGGCGGCUUUCGAAGCGCCUGAAGUGGAGGACAAGAUUGCGGCACUGCGCGAGCUCUACGCUGAUAAGAAGAUCAUCGUCGGCCGUGAUCGCCUCGACACCGUCCGCGGCGUCGCACAAAAACUGCAAGCGUUCGAGAUUUUCCUCGAGCGCCACCCCGAGUGGCACGACAAGGUCGUCCUCAUUCAGGUCACGAGCCCCACUAGCAUUGAGGAGCGCGACCAGAAAGGCGACAAGACUGCAAACAAGAUCUCGGAGCUCGUGGCUAGGAUCAACGGCUCCUUUGGCUCUCUCAGCUUCACACCCGUCCAACAUUAUCCGCAAUACCUAUCUCAAGAAGAGUACUUUGCCCUCCUCCGGAUCGCCGAUCUUGGACUUAUCACAAGCGUCCGGGACGGCAUGAACACCACCGCAUUGGAGUAUGUCAUCUGCCAACGCGACAACCACGGCCCUCUGAUAAUCUCCGAAUUCUCCGGCACGGCAGGCAGUCUCGGUAAUGCUAUCCAUAUCAACCCGUGGGACCUGGGCGGCACCGCCGACGAAAUCAACACAGCCCUCACAAUGAGCGCCGCUGACAAGGCGUCCGCCCACGAGCUUCUCUACGAACACGUCACCACCAACACCGUCCAGCACUGGACGGAGAACUACAUCCGACGACUCCUCACGAAUCUCUCCUCCUACGAUCAAACCAUCGCCACUCCAGCUCUCGACCGCGCCAAGCUUCUCGCACAGUACCGCAACUCAUCCCGCCGCCUCUUCAUGUUCGAUUACGACGGCACUCUGACACCCAUUGUCAAAGAUCCUCAAGCCGCCAUUCCCUCCGACCGCGUCAUCCGCACGCUCAAAACCCUUGCCUCGGACCCCAACAAUGCGGUCUGGAUUAUUUCUGGCCGCGAUCAAGCCUUCCUGGACGAGUGGAUGGGCCACAUCUCUGAACUAGGGCUCUCCGCCGAGCACGGCUCUUUCAUGCGGAUGCCUCACUCGACCGAGUGGGAGAAUCUGACCGCAACGUUCGACAUGUCGUGGCAGGCGGAGGUAUUGAACAUUUUCAACCACUACACCGAACGCACUCAGGGCUCGUUCGUCGAGCGCAAGAAGAUUGCUUUGACUUGGCAUUACCGUAGGGCGGACCCGGACUAUGGCGUCUUCAUGGCGAGGGAGUGCCACAAGCACUUGGAUGCUACGGUGGCGAAGAAGUACGACGUGGAGGUCAUGACUGGCAAGGCCAACCUCGAGGUUCGACCACGGUUCGUCAACAAGGGUGAGAUUGCAAAGAGAUUGGUGCAUGAGUAUGGUGAAGGCCCAGGCAAGGCGCCGGACUUUGUGCUCUGCUUGGGAGACGACUUCACGGAUGAAGACAUGUUCCGCACCCUUCGCCAAUCUCGCCUGCCAGAGGAACAUCGCUUCGCCGUGACGGUCGGCGCUAAGACGAAGCAGACCCUGGCGACGUGGCACUUGUUGGAGCCUCCGGAUGUGAUUUCGGCGAUUGCGCUGUUGAAUGGGAGUACGGAUGGUGGUAAUGCCGGCGCUGUAGCGGUUGUGGAGGGAAGUGUACCUGAUGCGCGGACUUGA